AUGUCCCGAAAAGAUGAGCUGUUAGCUGAGUUGGAAGAAGGUUCCAUUGAAUUGAACGAAGCCGCAGGAAAGGAUUCCAUUGAAGAAGUGCUGCAAAAGGUCGAUCUUCUAAUAGAAAAGCUUUUUGUAGCAAAAGCAGAGUUACGGUGCUUUUUCGACCGCCAAUUCUUUGUCAGUGGCUCAAAACCUGAAUGCAAUGGCAACACGAACGAAUUAAAGACCCCCCAAGCAAGAGUCAAGCUUAGGCAAAUAUGCCUCCAUUUUUUACGCACGAUAAAAACACUUAGUCAGAAGGAAGGUUAUUUGAUAUAUAUUCUUCCUAGGAUUUUCACGGUUCUGCGCUUGGAAAUUUCGUUGCGUAAUGUAGAACCUAUAGGAGACGAGCCAAACAAAGGCGUUGAGAGUUCAUUUCCCCUGCCUCUAGUGGAAUAUAUUAUUGGAUUGGCGCUCUACUCAGCUGAUUAUGAUGACGGAAUUGUGGAAAUUUUAAUUCAUGAUUACAUCGUAAGCUCCGAUGAAUGGCUAUAUAAUGCGUAUAGUGCACUCGAAAACAUGCUGAAAGAUUUUGACGCACCACAAUUCGACCUAUAUAGGAAUGACAACUUAUCUGCAGAAAUCUUUUUCGCGAGAUUCGUCUCCUUUCUUUUGGCGCUGCCAGCCCCGCAGUUUCCCAGUCAUCUAAAGGUUACAUCUGCGCCCAACAGUGAGAAGACGUCGGAACAUACUAACUCCAAUGACGAAAAUGAUUCCGACUCUGACAUUGAUUACGGGUCUGUAUCAUCAGAGGAAGAUGACGCGGAUGUGUCCAUAAGCAGUGAGUCUAUGGAAUCUCAUGUUAGUGCCACGGUAGAAGGUUUUCACUGGCCAUUCAACUUCACAAAAACAUACGGUGCGCUGUGGCAAAGUGUCAUAUUCGCAAAACUGCCUAUGCCCAAGGAACUCCUUGCAGAAAUUAUGAGUCGCAUGCCCACAUCCAUAUUACCCUAUACGAAAACCCCGAUGAUAUAUACAAACUGGUUAAUGGGGCAGUUGCAUGGUGAAGAUAAAGUUCUGAGUAUGCUGAGCCUUGGCAGCAUUUUUGAGCUUAUAUUGAAGUAUGGAUUGGCUGAAUUAGACUGCAUACGCGCAAAUGAAAACCGACAGUGUUCAAUAUCUGCUUUUUAUGAACUAUUAUAUGGGCAUAUAAGCAGUUUUGUCUUAAAUUCGAAGUUUGGUAAUCAAUUUCUGUAUUUUCUGAAUAUGGCUUUAAAAAGCACCAUGAUGCCCUCAAGUAUGACGAUGAAGUUUAUCAAGAAAAUCGUAAGAAUGUCUUGUUUUACAAACUCAAUGAAGUCCGCAGCAUUGCUGACAAUUGCUUUUAAUCUUCUCAAAAGGCAUGCACAGACAUACCUUAAUAUUGUCCACCGGGAUACUAUUCGUGACGCCAAACAAACACGUGACGUCUCUGACAUGGAAAUACUUACUGACGUUGUAGAAUCAAAUGACAAUGAAAAGGAUACGACUUUCCUUUGGGAAUUGCCGCUGCUAAUGAAUCAUUUUAAUGAGCGUUCAGCAGUUAUUGCUAGUACGUUCUAUUCGGACCUAAAAAGAAAGCGGAGCUUACUACUCAAGGCUGAGGACGUUAUUUUAUCUGACAGCAGAGACCAUCUAAGGCAGGAACUCAUGAGGACAUGCCGUGAGGACACAAACACAUUCCGCAAAAAGCUGCAAAGAAAAACAAAACUAUUGUCAAAAUUUUUUGAAUGA